AUGAAGAGAACAAGAGAAGUGUUACACUACAAACAUCCAGAGGACAGACCAGAUCUCUCAGGAUGUACCUACUUCGAUGGAGAGGAUAAUGGAGAAGAGCAGAGAAGAAGAAAGCUGCAAUAGGAGAACAGAGAGUUUCUUAUGAAGCAAAUGGAGGAGAAGAAGUGGAAGCAAGACUUCGAGAAAAAACAAGAUCAGAUGUUUGACCAACAAAGACUUCACUUUGCCAAGUUACAGAACCAAGCAGCUGAAUCAUACAUGCAAAAUCAGAGAGAUAUGACCAAGGCAGCAAUGCAGACCAACGUCUAGAUCAACAGCUAUAAAAAUGACUUCGAAAAUAAGAACAAGAAAGACGAACAGCAGCAGGACAGGUAGGAGAACACUUGGGCCACUCAGACUAGACAGAACUAUGUGGACACCUCAAACAUGAACAAAUACUAUCUCCCUCAGUGA